AUGAGCUACGGAGGCGACGUUCAAUUCUUGCCAAGGUUGAAAAAGCUCCUCGACGACUUCCCGGGGCAGGCGCACGACGCGUGGGAUGUGGCGACGGAUUUGAAGCAGCGACACCCAGAGUAUGAGCGCAAAAACAGCAAGGCCUUCCUGCGGAUGGUCACCGAGGCGCUGGAACGGUUGGGAAGAGGGCCGCCGAAGGCUGAAGAAGCUGAAGCUGGGAGCGACCGGAAGUCGUCAGAGAAUAGGAAACGGAAAUUGAGCAACAAGGCCAAGAAGAAGGGCGCCGAGGUGGUCGUUUUGGACAGCGAGAACGAGGAGGACCCGGAUUCCGAGAAAUACGUCUCCUACCCCGACACGAAUCGCGCCAAUCUGACGCUCGCCAAUUUGUACGCCGGUGGCACCGGGAAGCCGAGCCAGGCCCUGCAAAAAGCGCCCUCCACGCCCUCGUCAAGCCAACCAAAACGCAGUAGCGCCAACAAGGCGCCCGGCUCGGCGGUGAAAGGCUCGAAUAUGUCGAAGCCGAGGGGCCUGGGCGCCGUUUUGGAAGUGGAGCCCAAGUUCAGCGACAUCAAAUUCAACGACAUGGGCGGGUGCAAUCGGCAGUUUUUGGAAGUCUGCCGGAUGGUGCUCAAAAUGAUGAAGCCGCGCACCUACUCAACUUUCGUCGGCUGCGACCCGCCGAAAGGGCUGUUGAUCAACGGGCCGCCCGGAUGCGGGAAAACGAUGUUUGCGCAGGCGAUCCCUGGGGAGUUCGGGAUCCACAUGAUCCGGCUAGCCGCGACGGAACUCGUCUCCGGCGUCAGUGGCGAGACCGAGGACAAAGUUCGCCAACUCUUCGAGGCGGCCAAGCGGUAUUCGCCCUGUUUUUUGAUCAUCGACGACAUUGAUGCGAUCACCCCGAAAAAGGAGACGGCCAGCCGCGAGAUGGAGCGCCGCAUCGUCACCCAGCUGUGCAAUUCCUUGGAUGAACUUUUCACGCGAUCGAAAGACCCACGACUCGAGGAACGGCUCGAAUUCGGGGCCGACGGCGAUAUCAAGCUCAAUGGAAACGAUACACCUGAAGACCCGCGCGUGCUCGUCAUCGGCACCACCUCCCGGCCCGAUGCUUUGGAUAUUGGGUUGCGGCGAAGAUUCGAUUUGGAGAUAGCCCUCGGCAUCCCCGACGAGUACGCGCGCGAGAAGAUCAUCUCCGUCAUUUGCAAACUCCCGCUCGACGACUCGAUCAACGUGAAAAUGCUGGCCAGAUGGACACCUGGUUACGUCGGUGCGGAUCUGAAGGCGCUGAUGUCGGCGGCGGCGAAUUGUGCAAUUUCUAGAAUCUUCGACACGAUGGUGAAGCGGGCGGACCAGCGACAACGCCAGCUGACCAACGCCCAGGUGGACGAGGAGCUCGGCAAGGUGCUGUCCUUCCUGAACUCGGACGACGACCCAGAGACGAUCGACCGUUUGGGCGGCUUCCACGUGUCGAUGGCCGAUUUUGAGAGAGCCAUCGAACUCGUCCAACCAUCUGCAAAACGCGAGGGCUUCGCCACGGUGCCCGACGUCACCUGGGACGACAUUGGGGCGUUGAGCGACGUGCGCUGCGAGUUGGACUGGAGCAUUUUGAAAAAAGUGAAGCGACCCGAAGACUUUGAACUGCUUGGCAUCCCCAACAAGCCGCAAGGUAUGUUAUUAUCGAAUUUUAGGCUAAUUUCGUCAUUUUUGGGCAUUCUCCUCUGCGGACCGCCCGGCUGCGGAAAGACGCUGCUCGCAAAGGCCGUCGCCAACGAGGCCGGCAUCAAUUUCAUCUCGGUCAAGGGGCCCGAGCUGUUGAACAUGUACGUCGGAGAGUCGGAACGAGCGGUGCGUACCGUAUUUGGCCGAGCACGGGACUCCUCGCCCUGCGUCAUCUUCUUCGACGAGCUGGACGCGCUCUGUCCGGUCAGGAGUCAGAAUGAGAGCUCCGGCGGUGCGCGUCUCGUGAACCAGCUGCUGACCGAGAUGGACGGGGUUGAGGCGCGCAAGCAGGUCUUCCUCAUCGGCGCAACGAAUCGACCAGACAUGAUCGACCCGGCUAUCCUGCGGCCCGGCCGUUUGGACAAGAUCGUGUUCGUCGAUUUCCCGUCGGGCCCGGACCGUGCGGAUAUCUUGAGGAAAUCGACCAAGAACGGUACCGAGCCCCGACUUGCCCCCAGCUUCGACGUCGACACGUUCGCCACCGACCCGGCUUUGGAUGGUUAUACGGGUGCCGAUCUGACGGCCCUCAUCCACGAGGCGAGCAUCAUUGCGCUGAAGCAGCGGUUCGCCGAGAACAGCGAAAUCGACGCCGUCGACACCGACCAUUUCCGGCAGGCGCUCGCCAAAAUCCGGCCCUCCGUCUCGAAGGCCGACCGCGCCAAGUACGAGCGCAUGAAGAAGGAGUACACCAAGGACACGUCGAAGGCGGCGCCGCCGACCCCUGCCGUCACCGCGUCUUCCUCAGCGAUGGAGGUG